CUGAGCGUGCGUUGGACACCAUGAACUUUGACGUGAUCAAGGGGCGGCCUGUGCGCAUCAUGUGGUCGCAGCGUGAUCCGUCACUGAGAAAAAGCGGCGUGGGAAACAUCUUCAUCAAGAAUCUUGACAAGUCCAUCGACAACAAGGCUCUAUAUGACACCUUUUCUGCUUUUGGCAACAUCCUGUCAUGCAAGGUGGUUUGUGACGAGAAUGGCUCUAAAGGCUACGGCUUUGUGCAUUUUGAGACUCAGGAGGCAGCCGAACGAGCCAUUGAGAAAAUGAAUGGCAUGCUGCUCAAUGACCGAAAAGUAUUUGUGGGUCGCUUCAAAUCUCGCAAAGAGCGUGAGGCUGAGUUGGGUGCCCGAGCCAAGGAGUUCACAAAUGUCUAUGUUAAAAAUUUUGGUGAAGAUAUGGAUGAUGAGAAGCUGAGGGAACUCUUUAAUAAAUAUGGAAACGCCAUGAGUAUUCGCGUCAUGACCGAUGACAGCGGAAAGUCUCGAGGCUUCGGGUUUGUCAGUUUUGAGAGGCACGAGGACGCCCAGAAAGCAGUGGAUGAGAUGAAUGGGAAGGAGCUGAACGGCAAGCUGAUCUACGUCGGCCGUGCCCAGAAGAAGGUGGAACGACAGACGGAGCUGAAGCGCAAAUUUGAGCAAAUGAAACAAGACCGCAUGACCCGCUACCAGGGUGUCAACUUGUAUGUGAAGAACCUUGAUGAUGGCAUUGACGAUGAACGUCUGCGAAAGGAGUUCUCGCCAUUCGGCACCAUAACUAGUGCCAAGGUCAUGAUGGAGGGUGGGCGCAGCAAAGGCUUCGGCUUUGUCUGCUUCUCGUCCCCAGAGGAAGCCACCAAAGCGGUGACAGAAAUGAAUGGACGCAUUGUAGCCACCAAGCCUUUGUAUGUGGCUCUGGCCCAGCGCAAAGAGGAGCGUCAAGCCCACCUGACCAACCAGUACAUGCAGCGCAUGGCCAGCGUGCGCGCAGUGCCAAACCCAGUCAUUAAUCCCUACCAGCCAGCCCCGCCCUCUGGCUACUUCAUGACGGCCAUUCCUCAGGCCCAGAACCGUGCUUACUACCCAGCUGCUGGGCAGAUGGCCCAGCUCCGCCCAAGCCCACGUUGGGCCACCCAAGGUGUCCGGCCACAACACUUCCAGAACAUGCCGGGUGCCAUGCGUCCCUCAGCACCGCGUCCUCAGACCUUCGGUGCCAUGCGGCCUGCCUCACAGGUUCCCCGCAUGAUGUCCACCCAGCGUGUCGCCGCUCAGACCAUGGGCCCCCGACCAGCAAACCCCACUGCUGGAGCAGCCCCUGCUGUGCGUGUAGUCCCUCAGUACAAGUACGCUGCAGGAGUCCGCAACACCCAGCAGCACAUGACUGCUCAGCAGCAAGUGACCAUGCAGCAGCCUGCUGUGCAUGUUCAGGGCCAAGAGCCUCUGACUGCGUCCAUGCUGGCUGCUGCUCCACCACAGGAACAGAAGCAGAUGCUGGGUGAGCGUCUGUUUCCACUGAUCCAGAACAUGCACCCGAGCCUGGCAGGAAAGAUCACCGGCAUGCUGCUGGAGAUUGACAACUCUGAGCUGCUCCACAUGUUGGAGUCCCCAGAGUCUCUCCGCUCGAAGGUGGAUGAGGCAGUGGCUGUGCUUCAAGCCCACCAGGCCAAGGAGGCCGCACAGAAGACUGUGACAAAUACAGCUGGUGUCCAGAGUGUCUGAAUCCAAGGAGUGGGGAACCUUGGGACUAGCUUCACCGAUGGAGAAAAGAAUUAAACAGUGAAAAAGUUGAAAAUACACAAAACAAAGUAAAAAGAAGUCAAAUAAUAUAUUAAAAAUACCAUGGAAACAAGUCUCCAGUCAGGCCUGUAAUGAACCAGGCCUGGUUUGCUGAGUUAAAGAGAAAAUACAAAAAAAAGAGAAAAAGAUAAAAUAGAAAAUGAUCAUUUUAUGAGGGUUUUAAAGGAGAAUUGUGACAAAACAAGAUUGAAAGCAUUCCUUUUUGCCAUUUUAUCCCUUUUAAAUGUUUGGGCUAUAGAUGCCUGUUGUGAAAUUUCCCUUGACCUUUGCUUGCUUGAAUAAAACUUAAUAAAAUAAUCAA